CGGAAGAACGUUCCUGACGGAUGUAUUUUUAUGUCGAACCUUUAUUUCCGGUAAAAUCACAGUCGCAAAGGCGAAAGUAGGAUCUUUAGUUGUUAAACUUUUUGGUCAUUGAGUAAAUGUUCAGCCAGACGCUGUAUGUCAUGGAUUGUGUGGGUGAGCAGAAAUCAGGGACUUCUUUAAAACAAACGUGACUUUUUCCGGAACCUGGGUUUCAAGUAGCUGGUUGUUAUUAAUCAGAGUAGCUAGCUGGUUAGCUAAAAGCUUCCUCACAAACUCGUUGCUAGGAGCCUAUUUGGGUUCUAAACAUUUCACCUGGCAAACGUUUUCUUAAAGCAAAGCAAUUUCAUGCGGUCAUAUAGAUUUACUUCGACAUUUUAAUGGGAGGCGGCUUGUGUAGCAGGACGGUACACCAGGGGUGUCAGCUGAGAAGAGAGAGGCGACCGUCGCUGUCCGGUGGGCUCCCAUGGAGUCUCUGGCCGGCUACGUUUACAAGGCAGCCAGCGAGGGUCGGGUCCUGACGCUGGCCGCGCUGCUGCUCAACCACUCCGAAGCAGAGACUCGCUUCCUCCUGAGCUACGUGACUCAGCUGGCAGGCCAGAGGUCCACUCCCCUGAUCAUCGCAGCGCGAAACGGACACGACAAAGUGGUGCGCCUGCUCCUGGAUCAUUACAAAGUGGAAACGGAACAGACCGGAACGGUCCGGUUUGAUGGCUACAUCAUUGAUGGAGCCACGGCGCUGUGGUGUGCUGCCGGAGCAGGACACUUUGAGGUGGUGCACCUGCUGGUUAGCCACGGCGCUAAUGUCAACCACACCACCAUUACCAACUCCACUCCCCUCCGGGCGGCCUGCUUCGAUGGGCGACUGGAUAUUGUCCGUUACCUGGUGGAACACAACGCUAACAUCGGCAUCACUAACAAGUUCAACAACACCUGCUUGAUGAUAGCUGCCUAUAGGGGCCAUGUGGAUGUGGUGAAGUUCCUUUUGGUACAGGGGGCCAAUGUCAAUGCCAAGGCUCAUUGCGGGGCCACGGCCCUGCACUUUGCAGCCGAGGCAGGUCAUCUAGAAAUUGUGAAAGAGUUAAUGGACUCCCAUGCAGCCAUGGUUAUGAAUGGACAUAGCAUGACACCAUUAAAGGUAGCCGCAGAGAGCUGUAAAGCUGAAGUGGUGGAGCUGCUGAUGGCUCAUGCUGACUGCGACCCUCACAGCCGAAUUGAGGCCUUGGAGCUGCUGGGAGCGUCUUUUGCCAAUGACAGGGAGAACUAUGACAUACAGAAAACAUAUCAGUACCUUCAUAUGGCCAUGACGGAGCGAUACCGCGACCCUGACAACAUCAUCGUUAAGGGUUUGCUGCCACCCAUUGAAGCCUAUGGGGGGCGGAGAGAGUGUCGAACGCUCCAGCAGCUGGAAGCUAUCCGACUGGACAGGGACGCCUUACACAUGGAAGGGCUGAUGAUUCGGGAGCGUAUCAUGGGCUCAGACAACAUCGACUUGUCGCAUCCCAUUAUUUACCGAGGGGCUGUCUGUGCAGAUAACAUGGAAUUUGAACAGUGCAUCAAGUUGUGGCUUCAUGCCCUUCACCUCCGGCAGAAGGGGAAUCGCAACACACACAAAGAUUUGCUGCGCUUUGCCCAGGUGUUCUCCCAAAUGGUCCACCUGAACGAAGUUGUGUUGGCCUCGGCGGUGGAGCAGGUCCUGAGCUGCAGUGUUCUGGAGAUUCAACGCAGCAUGACUCGCAUGGAGGCAGCAGUUGAAUCCGAGCUGCCGCAGGCCAUGGACAAUUAUGAGUCAAAUAUUUUUACUUUUCUUUAUCUGGCCUGCAUCUCCACUAAGACUAACUGCGGUGAUGAGGAGCGAGCCAGGAUUAACAAGCACAUUUACGACCUAAUCCAGCUAGACCCACGGACACGUGAGGGCUCCUCGUUGCUGCACCUGGCCAUCAGCUCCAGCACACCUGUUGAUGAUUUUCACACCAAUGAUGUCUGCAGCUUCCCCAAUGCCAAGGUGACUAAGCUGCUGCUGGACUGCGGUGCACAGGUAAAUGCAGUAGAUCAUGAAGGAAAUACUCCUCUUCAUGUGAUUGUCCAGUACAACAGACCCAUCAGUGACUUCCUCACACUACAUGCCAUUAUCAUCAGCUUGGUGGAGGCUGGUGCCCACACAGACAUGACCAACAAGCAGAAGAAGACACCGCUGGACAAAAGUACCACAGGUGUGUCUGAAAUCCUGCUGAAAACGCAGAUGAAGAUGAGCCUCAAGUGCCUGGCAGCCCGCGCUGUCCGACAACACCAGAUCACAUAUCGCAACCAGAUCCCCAAAACUCUGGAAGAGUUUGUGGAGUUCCACUGAACUCAGAGACCAGAAGGCUCAACAGACAUGAGGACAACCAUGUUGGUGCUUUCAAAUUGAUUCAUUUGGUGCACAAUGUAGUUCACCAGUAAAGGUUUUUAAGCAUUUUUGCAAUAUUAAAAACUGUUUCUUAUGAAUUAUUGUUUUUGCAGACAUGAAACUCUUGCAAAACAUCUAUUCUGGUUGAUGUGGAUAGUUGCUCAUUGUUGCAAUAAACCAGAGAAAGCCCAGCCCACCCCUCCUCCCCUUUUUAAGUUUCUGCCAAAGUUUUCUGCUAUUUUUGCUUAACGUUUAUUCUUGAGAUGCAGAGAAGGCAGCAGUGGUGUUGUCAUAUUUGUUCUUUCUUUCCGUUUUGUCAUGUGUGCCAUUUUAUUAACAUUCUGCAGCCUGAGCACCAGGGGAAUGAAGAAAAAAUUGUUGGACUAAAUAAAGGAGUGCCUCUAAAGACGUGCAUAGCACGCCUAUCUUAGAU